CAGCUUACAUGAAAAACAGGGCAAUGAAGAAAAUAGAUUCCCAGAAGUCACAAGAGUCAUCAGAGAUUAGGGAGGGAACUACAUACAAAACAUGCGUUGAUCUAAACAAUAAUGAAGAAGACAUGGAAAACAUUACAGAGAUACCACCACCCCUGAGAAAACCCCAGUCUACACCUAUUGCUCAUGACCAGUGCACAUUUGUUUAUUUUGAUUUGGAAACUACAGGUCUUGGUAAAGAUUGUGAAGUUACCCAGAUUGGUGCGUGUCUUUCUGAAGAAUCAUUUUCACAGUAUGUUCUUCCAUCUACUCAGUCCAUUUCACCCUCUGCCACCGCUGUGUCCGGUAUUGCUGUGAAGGAGAAUUUGAUGUUCAAGAAUGGAAUGCAGGUGCCAUGUAAGAAUACCAAGGAUGCUAUGAAAACAUUUGUUGCAUGGUUGAAAAAAAUUUCAAACAUAGUGCUAGUUGCUCAAAAUGCAAAAUUUGACUCCAGUGUUAUUGUCCGUGCAAUGCAUCAGGUAGGACUAAGUGCGAAUGACUUCAUUAUUGGAUUCAUAGACACAUUAACUCUAUUCAGAGAAGCAGUUCCCAACAGCAGAUCUUACAAACAAGUGGACCUUUUGAAAGAUUUAUGUACAUCACAUUAUGAUGCCCAUGAUGCCCUAGCAGACCCCCAAGCUCUACAACGACUUGUGCUUCAUCUUGAGAUAUCCAGAGGGAUGAUGAAGAAACACAGCUUCGGUGUUGAGUUUGUUAUUGAAAAUGACAAUUAUGCAAUUGUAAUGAGUAGAAAUGCUUCUUCAUUGAAACAUCUUGUAGAUGAAAAUAUUUUAUCCAAAUUUACAGCUAACAAAAUUGCAGCUUCUGGUCUUCAUUAUGACCAUCUUUGUAAGUUACCCCCAGAAGAUCACCGACACAGACAUGAGAGUGGACCAGACACAUCCCCAACCAACAUCUGCUACUGUUUACUCGUAUGA